AUGGCAGAGAAUCCUGCGGAUUGUUUUCUUGAACUUCCGACAAAGGAGAAUGUCGCCUUGUUGGAGAAUCAAAACUGGAAGGCGCACGGGAAGAGUUUUCUCGAUGGCGUCAAGCAUAACUCUUCAAUUGUCAAUCAAUACUCUAUUACACGGUAUACGCCGAGUGAAUGGCAUCGCAGGAAUGAAGAACUCUUUGCUCUAUCUCAGAAAGUUAAUGAACUUAGCAUCAAAAAUGCAAAUGAAGCAAAGAACUGCAUGGCUUCCAACUUUUCUCGCACAAAUCGAACACAGCAGGAUAGUACAACGAGGCUAGGAAGCAGAUGCCAUGAAAUCUUUACAUGGCAGACGAAUCUGGAUCAUGCAAUACAGGCUCAAGUGGAUGAGAUUGCAAUGCUUGAGGAGGAAAGACAUCGUCUCAAGAAAUCCAUGGCAAUCCUUAAGAUUCCUGAAUCUAUAAUGAAUGUAGAUUCUGAAUGUCUGAGCCGUCGCUGUGCUCGUCCGGAUCCGGAAUUAAUUCGUGAUGGGCCUGAGGAGGAACUUCUGAAGGAAACUGUCCUAAUUAAUGACAUCCGUAGAGUUCUGGAGAAGACUCUGGAGGACAUUGAGAGACAACAGGAUGAGAAUAGAGCUGUGAAGCAUAAGCUUGAGUAUCAUUGGAGUUGCAAAAAGGAAGCCUAUGCCACGGAUUCUCUCAAUCGGAGCCUCGAAAACUCUUCCGGGAGUAUUCAAUUUAAACCAGGAGCAACACAAUCCGUUGCAGAUCAAUCAACGGAGGAAUUCUGGAAUCACUUCACGCGGGAAGUUCUGGAUGAAGCUGAAGCCACACGCCAGAGAUCUGUGAAGCUUCGAGGGACUCUGCAGGAACUCCUCGUGAAUGCAACACGAGAUCUCCGGAAUCAAGCGGAUAACGUCGAGCAGAUGUUCCAAUCUCGCAUUGCCUGCAUGGAUGAAAUGCGGACAAUGCUGGAGAAUGAUCUUAUGCGUACCCUACAGAAGCUAGCGGACACAGAAACCCACAUUGAGAGCCUGAAGGAUGCAAUAAGGAAUAUGGACUUCUCGAUGAAAGUUUCCCAGACUCGGCUGCAGAAUCGCAACCUCUACCGCCCACAGGUGGAGAAUUGCUACGAUCGCACCCAAGUGGGGCUAAUUAAUGAGGUGGGAAGCCUCCAGAGAAGCUCAUCUGAGCUCAAGGAAGCCCUAAAGGCAGCUGAAGAUACGCAAAAGCAACUCAUUGAUGCCCGUGCAAAGCUUGAGCAUGAAAUUAUGCUAAAGAGGCGGACAAUUAAUAUUGACAAGGAUCGCUGUCAGUACAUCCGAACGUACUUUCCAUCAGCAACUGCCCUCAGUGGGUACAUUUAGGCUGAUUCA